AGAUUGAGAAACAAUCUUUCCGUUUGUUUCCUCCAAGUUUUUUACACUCCAAUGACUUCCUCGAAGCCACGGAAUUCGCUAUCAUUUUCAGAGCAGCUUGCCCUGUUGGAGAAUCCUGCCCCGACGGGUGAUUAUAUGUUUUUCACAAAAUUGGGGGUUAUUGGACUAACGAUCCCCGUGUAACAGAUUUCGAUCCCGAAGCUCCAGAGGAAGAUUAUAACCACAACGAAAAAUCUGAAGACAGCGGAGAUGAAGAGGAGAAUGAAGAAGAUCUCGGAAGAGCACACUACAUAACCGUCGGGUAUGACAUGAACCUCUCAAUCACUACCACUAAACUCUAACAACCACAUAGAAAGAGUAGGCUACGGAAAGGAAACCCAGUCCUAUUAGAUCCCAAAUACAAUGGCGCUCGAAUAAGUCGCGAAAAGCUCUACCAAGACAAAGACAAGGACCACCGCAUGGAUGGAUCCGAUGAGGACAGCGAGGACAGCGAUGGCGACGGAAACGAGGACGAUGUAGAUGAACCGAAAGCGGAGAAUCGGGAGAAUGGUGAAAUUCCAACAGACGAGGAUGAUGACAUUGAUAGUGAUGAUGCUCUUGGAAGUGACGAGGAUAGAUUUUCUGGGUUCAAAUUUCUCGGCAGUUCGACUACGAAGGAGGGGGUAAAUUCAACCCGUGGAAUGAAGGUUGUCGACGAAUCAGGCUCCGACGGGGAACCUGGAACAGACCCAAACGAUGAGGUGAUAUUGAAUGAAGAAAACGACAGCGACGAAGACGAAGCCUCCGAUGUAGAGGGCGGUUUGCUCAGUCAUAAUGAAGACGAGGACGAAGACGAAGAGGAUGAUGAGGAGGAGAGUAGUGAUGAGGGAGCCCAAGACGCUGAAGCCAAACGUAGAGAGGAGUUAAAGAAGCUGAUCACCGAAGAACAGAAGUGAGCCACCCCGUAUAGUAACGAACGGCCUCUAACAGUGCCACAGAAAUGUUGUUGCGAGUAUUUCCAAGGCCGUCAAAGCGGAUACUGAGAAAGGCACAGCAGUGAAACAACAACAGGUGUGUAACACCGUUCCGGAGCCUCUAUCGCGCCUAGAUCUGUGCUGACAUCCGGAUAUAGAAAACGUUUGACUCGCUCCUAGGUGUUCGUAUCAAACUCCAGAAAGCCAUUAUAGCAACUAAUUCUCUUCCCACUCCUUUGCAACCCGCGCCAUCACUUCAAUCCGUGCCAGAGACAUAUAAGGCGGCAGAAGAUGCAGCAUUGAAUCUCUGGAGCGCGCUAACAGACCUCCGAUGUGAGCUAUCUUCGCCCUCUACCCUCAAACGAAAACACGAUUAUACGGACACCUCCACCCCCGCUUUAUGGGCCAAGAUGCAAAGGCUUGAAGGAGAGGUUCACCCAAACCGCCUCUCAACACUGGACAAAUGGUCUACCAAAACAUCUUCCGUUUCCACCGUCACUCUUGCGCGCAAGUUAAACAACGGUGUGCAACGUGGCCUCACAGCAACUAUCAAUGAAACUCUAAUGACCGACCUAAACCGACAUGUGCAAAAGACAAGAGUUCCCCGGUCAUGUGCGCCGACAAAGGUCGAAAGUGGCGAAGACGUGGAAGUAUACGACGACUCAGACUUUUACCAAAUGUUAUUGAAGGCAUUAGUGGACCAGAGAAUGGUCGAUGGUGCAAACUCCGGCGGCGCCAGUGGUGCGGUCAGAUGGACAACAGCAUUGAGAGACGCCAAAGUCAAGAAGGCUGUUGAUACUAAAGCUUCCAAGGGGAGGAAGUUGAAGUAUCAAGUCCAGGAGAAACUUCAGAACUUUAUGGCACCAAUCUCCAAUAAUAAUUGGAGUGAACGCCAGAUUGAGUAGGCCCCCGUUCACUAAUAUUUCUCGCGGGGCCCUUACUAACUUUAAUAGUGAGUUAUUCGGCAGUUUGUUGGGCCAGAGAGUCAGAGUUGAUGAAGACAGCGAAAACGAGGAAGAAGUCGAACUCGAUGGAUUGAGGUUAUUUAAAAGUUGAUAAAGUAAUUGGAUUUUUUUUAUUGGGGUUUUCGAUUGGGUUCGAAGUUUGAAUAUCGUUACCGGUAUUUGCAUAGACAAAAGUUCAACCAUAUCCCUUUUGAACCCUAUUUUCUGGUGGAUUUGUGCUGGGGCUAGAAGACAUUGCCACAGCCCCGCGGUAACGUACUAAUCUUGCGAAUGAGAUAUGAAGGAUGAAAAUAUGAUAGAGACUCUAAUCAUCGCGGAGUCUUGCG